AUCGCCGGACGCUUGCUAAGCAACCAAUCAACAUAGACGCUUAGCACUUACCCUAGGAACAACCACAUCGAUUAUCUUAACCGCGUCAACAUUCUUUGGACUCUCUCAAAAAUUAAUCCAGAAAGAUACCAGAUCCCAAUCGGGAAGAAUCUACCCUCACUUCUUUUUCUUUCUUGCUACUCUGUUCCUCGCUAUUCAAGACAACCCUAAAAUUGCAGGUUUGAUACAUUAUUAAGCUUCGAGCUCACGUUGCCACCUCCGACUCACUUUCCCUCACUUCACGUCACUUCACAAAAAGACAAUGGCACCCUCUCUUGAGGCCUCGGAGGCUGUAGACGAUGUCCUCGCCAAUCCGAUCAAGCAGAAGCCACAACUAGUUGCCCCAGAGCCUCAGAACUGUGUUGGCCCCGAUUCAGAGCAAGCUGGUAAAGCGGACGCAUGCGCCGGGUGUCCAAACCAGGCCAUCUGCGCAUCAGCGCCCAAAGGACCAGAUCCGGAUAUCCCUAUCAUCUCGGCGCGCCUGGAGAAUGUCAAGCACAAAAUCCUAGUACUAAGCGGAAAGGGCGGCGUCGGAAAGAGUACAUUUACAUCCCUAUUGGCACACGCCUUCGCGACAAAUCCAGACAGCACCGUGGGUAUCAUGGACACUGAUAUCUGUGGACCCAGUAUUCCCAAGAUGAUGGGCGUGGAGGGCGAGACUGUGCAUGUCAGCGGUACAGGUUGGUCACCUAUCUGGGUCAUGGACAACCUCUCUGUCAUGAGUAUUCAGUUUCUACUGCCCAACCGGGAUGACGCUGUCAUUUGGCGGGGUCCCAAGAAGAACGGUCUGAUCAAGCAAUUUCUCAAGGAUGUGGAAUGGGGUGACCUUGACUUUUUACUUGUCGACACACCACCAGGCACAAGCGAUGAGCAUCUCAGUGUAAACUCAUUCCUGAAGGAGAGUGGGAUCGAUGGCGCUGUCAUGGUCACCACACCGCAGGAGGUCUCACUCCUGGAUGUAAGAAAAGAGAUCGACUUCUGCCGCAAAGCCGGCAUCAGGGUGUUAGGUCUUGCAGAGAACAUGAGCGGCUUCGUUUGCCCCAAGUGUUCAACCGAAAGUCAGAUCUUUAAGGCAAGCACAGGAGGAGGACGUGCACUGGCUGAAGAGAUGGGCAUUCCCUUCUUGGGAUCAGUGCCCUUGGACCCUAGGAUCAGGAUGGCAUGUGAUUACGGAGAGAGUUACUUCGACUCAUUCCCAGAUAGCCCCGCCUGCAUCGCGUUUCAAGGAGUUGUCAAGAAUGUUGCGAUGCAGUUGGGAUUAAACACCCAGGAUGUGCUGCCGGAUGAGUAGGCAGUUAUCUUGAAGUUACGUUUUUAUGUAGAUCAUGAUAUAUGGAUUUCGCUGCCACGCCACG